AUGUCGCGUUGGUGGAUUGCUUUUGCGGCGGUGGUCGCUGCUGUGAGCGCGAGGCAGACGCCGUAUAGCACGCUUAAUGCUCCUUCUCUUUCUGUGAGCGAGGCUGAUGGGUUCUCUGUUCUGCAGCACCCAUCGCUCCCGGCGCAUUCCUUGCGCUUGCACAAAGUUCCAGACGGCCUGUGCGAGCGCACAGAAGGCGUCACGAGCUGGUCGGGCUACCUGGAUGUGGAUCUGGAUCGCGUGUAUGAACAAGAGCGGCGCAAGGGACAAGGAGAUGCUGCAGAAGCGGAAAAGUUUGCUGGAGUUAUUGAGCAUUUCUAUUUCUGGGGUUUUGCAUCACGCAACGACAAGGCGCACGAUCCUGUCACGCUGUGGAUGAACGGCGGGCCCGGCUGCUCGUCGUUUACUGGUCUUCUGAUGGAGAUUGGGCCGUGCAGUUCGGUGCGUCCUGUACUGGGCCGCCCAGGCACGGAACUAAAUCCCCACGCCUGGAACAACAACGCUUCGGUCAUCUUUCUCGACCAGCCGACCGGCGUGGGCUACUCGUAUGCGUCGUGGCGCAACGGUACCAAUACGAGCGCGCCGCCUACGCGCAUCUUUGAUUCCGAGCAUGCCGCGCGCGAUAUCAGCGCGUUUUUGCACCUGCUUGCACUGCAUGCAGACAAUGCAAUUGUGCCGCUUUCCAUGGAAGAUGGGCGCUUGAAACUCCCUGAAUUCCACCUGGCUGGCGAGUCGUACGGUGGACGGUACACCCCUUUGCUUGCGAGCCGUAUCCUGCAGGACAAUGAGCAUAUUGCGGCGCACCCGGAAGAGGGUUUGCAUCCACUCUCGAUUGCGUCCGUCAUGAUUGGAAAUGGCAUCACGUCGCCAAAGCACCAAAGCCCCGCGCAUGUUGAGUAUGCAUGCACGAACGCGACGGGACACGGUCCGUUUUUGAACGAAACGACGUGCCAAGGCAUGCGCAAAGCGCUCCCUGCAUGCCUCGCCAAAAUCGACAAGUGCAACGAACGGGCCGGCGGCGAGUACAAUGCUACAUUGUGCGCCGAUGCGGACAAAUUCUGCUCGGACCAUCUCGAGAGCAAGUGGGAACUCACCGGCGCGUCGCCAUACGACUGGAACCAUGCGGAUGGGUACGUAGAAGAGGAGUACAUUGCAGCAUUCCUCAAUGAUCACGACGUGCGCACAAAGUUGGGCAUCGAUCCCACGGGCUUUGGUGAUGCGCACGACGGCGUGUUUGUGGGGUGCUCGGAUAAGGUCUUUGCAGAGUUUGGCUUGGUCGGCGACGGUUCGCGCGAUAGUACGUGGGCCGUGCGCGAUAUCCUCGGCAAGGGCGUGCGUGUGCUGAGCUACUCAGGCGAGCACGACUUUAUUUGCAACUAUAUCGGGAACCAUGACUGGAUCUACGACUUGGAUUGGCAGGACGGGGACAACUUCCGCGCUGCCCCGCUCGAGCACUGGUACAUGCAUGGGAGUGCUUUCCCUGCGGGCAAGUUCCGCCACUAUGGGAACUUGACCUACGCAACGGUCCUUGGCGCUGGGCAUUUUGUUCCGCAUGAUCAGCCGGCCGCGGCGCUAGAAAUCAUGCGGCGCUGGCAACAAGGUUCGGGGCGUCUAUGA